AUGCCCGUUGCUGUGACAGUUGUGAAUCCGCUGGAUGGAACACAGAAGUUGGGCUUCACUGUGGGCUCGGGGGUCGGCGGAAAGCCGACCUGGGGUACUCUGGAAGCGCCGGCACAAAGGGAAGUCUUCGUGCAGCAUCCGGUUUACGGAGAAGUCAAGGUGAGGGAGAACUUUGAGGAGACUCAGCGCCUCAGACGUGAGUCCACGUGGUGGGCGAGGGAUGAGCGUUACUUCAUGGACCAGUCCAAAGUGUCAAGGAACCAGUUGCUGAUCAAUGAGCCAACUGCGAAGCUGUCUGGCAGCGUGAUCUGA